AUGGUGCUGCCCGUGGUGCUUCUGUUGGUUUGGGUCUGCUGGCUUCACAACGUGGCUGGUCUCCAACUUGGAGAAACUAUCACUCACCUUCCAGAAGUCAAAGAUGGCAAGUGUUUCUUUCCAUUCCACCACAGAGAUGGAAUCUUCUAUGACUGUGUCAAGUUCAAGUCAAAACACAAGUGGUGCUCCUUGAAUGAAACGUAUCAAGGAUACUGGAAAUAUUGUUCUGAAGAAGACUUUGCAAAAUGUGUGUUUCCCUUCUGGUACAGACACCUGAUAUACUGGGAAUGUACUGAUGAUGGGGAUGCGUUUGGGAAAACAUGGUGUUCACUGACCCAGAAUUAUAACAAGGAUAAGAUUUGGAAAUACUGUGACUGAUGGUGAGAUUAACUGGGGGAGGGGAUGAAGAGGUUUAAUCAUUCUCGUGGGAAAGAAUCUACGGUUUUUGUUGGACAAGGAGGUAGGACCCUCACAAAAAAGGCUUUG